AUGCGGAUGCGUCUGUUAGUAUGGGCGGCUAGCGGAUUUUCGGCCAGAGAAUGGAAUUUUUCCGCAAUAGAAGAAUCAGAUAAUUUAGAAAGAAAUUUCCAAUGGCUCCUGGAGAAGAUCCACAAGGAGAGGCCUUAUGAGGCUAUACUGGUGUUGCAGGACCCUAGCAUACAGGAUGUGUUUCUAGGGGAUGUGAAUACCCCAAAGUUGAUAGUGAAUGGCGAGAACCUUACCUUUAACUACCGGGAAAUUUUCAACAGUGAAAUUGUGACCCUCUUCCUAAUGCGUAGGCGUGUGAACGGCAAUCUGAUGGCUUUAGGUGCCCAGAUUUUGAAUAAUUUGCGCCAAAAUAGAGUCAUUAUUUUGGUAUUGGAUGUAUCACCCUCAGCAGGACUCCAAAUUUUGGAGAACUUAUUAAAAUUGUGUGAUGGCUUCAAAAUGACAAAUGUCCUGCUGAGUCUAAGCGGAAUUAUCUAUCAACUAAGACCCUAUCCGGUUUAUAAUUGGAUCCCAAAACAAAUCUCAAAUGACACCCCUUACUUCCCGCAACAUUGGCGUAAUAUGUCACAAAAAACCAUUCUAACCUAUUCGGAUCAAACGGCACCACGAACUGUCAUCACCAUGGAUACGAACAACCCACAACAGGGUGUCAUCAAAAUAAAUGGCUUCGUUGCCAGAUUGGUGUUGCUUUUCGCCGACCUCUUCAAUGCUUCGCUGGAAUGGUGUUGUGAUUUCGCAUUCGGAAAUGUGACACCCUAUAAUCGCAUCAAUUACAUGGUGGAUAUGAAACAGCUGGACAUACCGAUGACACUGGACCCUGUCGUAAAUGGCAAUUUUGUAUAUCGUUCACAGGUUUAUGAUUUGGGUAAAGCCUUCCUUAUGGUACCCUGUUCGCGGCCAUAUAGUCUACACGAAAUUACGGGAAUGCUUUUGAAUCGGAACUUCUGUGGUUAUAUUUUUCUGUGUGGAUUCAUGUUUACUGCUGUGCAUUCUUUGGCGGAUUACUAUAUGGAUGGGGAGUUCCACUGGAGAAAUAUUCUGAUAAAUGAGAGGAUUCUACCCGGGGUAUUGGCCCUAACAACGGAGCCAAAAAAUUCACCAUGGUUGGUAUUUAAAUUGAUUUAUGUUCUGCUCUUUCUGGCAGGGCUGAACAUAAGUGCCCAAUUUUCGGCUAGACUCAAUACUCUGUUUACACGGCCUCCACAGCAUCGGGAAAUUGAAACAUUUCAGGAUAUUGAAGACUCUCCAUUGCAGAUUCUUGUCGACAGCCUUGAGGCCAAGGCAAUGGAACAUGUUAUCCAGCCCAUCGCCGAUUCCUUGGUCUACACCAAUCAGACCUCGCUCUACCUGCAAAUGCGUAGGGAUUUAAAUACCUCCUAUGGUUAUGCUGUGAACAGUGCCGUCUGGAAUAUGCUGAAUCGCAAACAGGAUCAUAUGAGCCAUAAGCUAUUUUGUACCUCUAAACAGUUGACAUUACUUCCCUUCAUUCACUGGACCAUACGUUUGCAAGAGAAUUCCGAAUAUAAGGAACCUUUGGAUUAUUUGAUAUUGCGAGUUCAUGAAUUGGGCCUGAUGAAGGCCUGGCAUGGCAGCACAUUUGUGGAUAUGUUGAAGGUGAAGGAAAUUCGCUUAAUGGAGUCUAAGCAAAAGGCGGAGUUAUAUGUUCUCAAAGAAGGAGAUUUAUUGUGGAUAUGGUUAUUUGAAAUUGCAGGAUUGGUGGCGGGGUUGAUGCUUACUUGA